AAGUUUUCUGCAUUUGGUUGAACUGAUUUGCUGAUAUCAAAACAGGGAUGGUGCAUUAGCUCCGCCCACUACCAGAGAAACCGGCUUAGCUUCUGCUUGUUUGAAAAAGUUGAAUAAUUCUAAAUGAACUCCAUUAUUUUGACAGAAGACAACAAAGAAUAUAGUUUAUAUGUAGUGCGUCGAUUCAGCUUGGUAAGACUUCACAAAGAGUUUACAGUUCAUCAAAUACAGGUGUGCUUUGCGUCUAUUGAGAUGAAGUGAAAAGUACAGAUCGCUUGAUGGAGAGAGAAGUCGCUUGAGUCAGUGUUCAGCGAGUGAAAAUGUGUUAAUCUUAUAAUAGCCUUGAACACACACACUGGCGAGUAAAAUCUAAGAAUUGAUUAGCCAAUGGCUAAGAAUAGACCUAAUGUAGUCGCCCAGAGUAAAAUUUAGUCGCAUAUGUAAUUGAUUUACUCGGAAUGUAGAGGGUUGCAUUACCAGGAAAGAACUAGUUGGUGUCUUGAGCUUUCAUUGGUGUCUGUGUUGAGGCUUUUUGGCUUCUGUGGUUGAGCAAAGUUACUCUUAAAGUUCAUAUCUGAUAAAGCAUGAGGACCAGUGGAAUUUUCCCGCCACCGCACACAACGGCCCGCUUACGCCAUAGGCCCUUUCAUCAUCCUGUCGAGCCAUGUUGCUCACUCAUGAAGCGAUUUGCAUUUUAUUGAGAGGAUUUAUAGAUUUGCAUUUGUCAUUUCAGCAGGUAUUUGCAAUGCAAAGCUACAGAAGGGGAAUGAGAGAGUUUAGGAGAAGUUUCCAUUGAUAAAUUUUGUACAUAGUAUUCCAACAUACAAGCAGGAACUAGAUUUAAAAUGACAUGUUCUCAACUUACAUGCAUCAUAUUUGCAUAUAAUAACCCCUGUAAUGAUUUGACUUGAGAAUGAGAUUGAGAGAUUUUCUGGCUCACGUGUGUUUGGUCGCAUUUGUAUGUCAUGGUGCUUUUGCAUUUUCCCUCCUAGCCACGUUAUUUGUUCCUCCCCAUUACCCAACAGCAUAUCAGCAGUCGCAUCAGGUAUCCGCCUUAUGAAACUCAUGCAUUAUACCCCGAGCUCCCUUAAUGUGCUCCGCCAACACCAGCGACAUCGCAUCUCAGACUCCAGCGGAAGCUCUUUUCUCAAUAGGUUCCAGUUUUCCCACAACCGGCCUCUAAAAAGGCUUUUUAAUAGCUCCGAGAGGCUUGGCAUGAGAUGAGUGGCUGACGAUUAUCUGAGCUCAAAGCCCCGUGAGGUCUGAGAAAUGAGCUGGGCUCCUUCUCUCUGAUGCACUCGAGCUAAGGGCCGUCCUGGUGGAUUUGCCCCUGACCCAGCGGAGUGUUUCCAGCCCCAGCCCCGCUCCACGGCCAACAUGCUGAUAAAAGAGUACCGCAUCCCCAUGCCCAUGAGCGUGGAGGAGUACCGCAUCGCUCAACUCUACAUGAUUCAGAAAAAGAGUCGCGAAGAGAGCGAAGGCGAAGGCAGCGGGGUGGAGAUCAUGGAGAACCGACCCUACAAGGACGGCCCAGGCGGCUCUGGUCAAUACACCCACAAGGUUUACCACAUCGGCCAACACAUCCCAAGCUGGUUCCGCUCCAUCUUGCCCAAGGCAGCUCUUCGUGUGGAAGAGGAAUCCUGGAACGCCUACCCAUACACCCGCACACGCUACACAUGUCCUUUCGUCGAAAAGUUUUCCAUCGAUAUCGAGACGUACUACAAGCCGGACACGGGUUGCCACAAUGACGUCUUCAACAUGUCCUCGGCCGAAAAGAGACAACGGGAUAUAGAUCCCAUCGAUAUUGUGAAUGAUUUCAUUGCCCCUCAUGAAUACCUGGCUGAGGAGGACCCCAAACUGUACAAGUCACAUAAAACCCAGCGGGGCCCCCUGUGUGACGACUGGAUCGCAGAAAUCAACAACAACCCAGGCAAAACGCCCGUCAUGUGCGCUUACAAGUUGUGUAAAGUGGAGUUUCGAUACUGGGGCAUGCAGUCCAAGAUUGAACGCUUCAUUCACGAUGUGGGGCUGAGGAAGGUGAUGGUGCGCGCUCAUCGACAGGCCUGGUGUUGGCAGGACGAGUGGUACGGUCUGACCAUGGAGGAUAUCCGGCAGCUGGAGCUGGAGACGCAGCUGGCUCUGGCACAGAAGUACGGCUGCAAUGAGGAGGGCGGAGAGAACAACGGUCCCGUCACCAACCCUGAGAAAGAGCACGAAGCCAAGGAAGCCAACGAAGCUGAGGGGACGACGAGGAACACAGGGGACAAGCUGCAGGCGCGGGGAGAGCUGACCAAGCAGUGGUCCACCUCUUCUAGGUCCUCGCGUUCCUCUAAGAGAGGAGGAAGUCCUUCACGCCACAGCAUUUCUGAAUGGCGCAUGCAGAGCAUCGCCAGAGAUUCGGAGGACAGCACAGACGACGAGUUCUUUGACGCUCACGAGGCCUUGUCUGACAAUGAGGACAUCUUUACCAAGGAGAUCACCAAAUGGAGCUCCAACGAUCUGAUGGAUAAAAUCGAUACAGCAGAGGCAGAGGAAGCCCAGGGUGACUAUCAAGAGUCGUGUGGGGAGUUUUCUGGGACUGCCAGCGUGGAGCGACUCCAUGAGGACUGUUCCUCACAGCAGUGCUUACAGCCGUCCAAGAUCCACGUCCUCAUCCUGGUCCUGCACGGCGGCAACAUCCUGGAUACAGGCAGCGGAGACCAGAACGGCAAGCAGGCGGACGUCAACACCAUCGGCAGCGCGUUCGAUGCUGUGAUGCGGGUUCAUUACCCUUCUGCAUUGGGCCGCAUUGCCAUCCGCCUGGUUCCGUGUCCAGCGGUGUGUGUGGAGGCCUUCUCUCUGGUGUCAAAUUUGAGUCCCUACAGCUAUGACGAAGGCUGCCUCUCCAACAGUCAGGAUCACAUCCCUCUGGCCGCUCUGCCCCUAUUGGCCACCUCUGCACCACAGUACCAGGAUGCUGUAGCAACGGUCAUAGUGCGAGCCAAUCAGGUCUACGGUGACUUCAUCAAAUCCCUGGAGGGAGCCACUUUCACAGGACAGGUGUGUCUGAUUGGUGACUGCGUGGGAGGCAUUCUGGGAUUUGAUGCUCUCUGCAGCAGCAACGUCACGGUGUCAGAAAGUCAAAACAGCAGCCGACGCGGAAGCAUUGACACUGACCUGCUGUCACCGGGGAUCAUUAUAAACAGCACGCACUGCUCGGGUUCAGGCUCGGGUUUGACUCUGGAGGGCAGUCGGCACCUCAGCCGCAGUAAUAUAGACAUUCCUCGCUCCAGCGGUCCGGAUGACCCCAAAAAACAGCUGCCUCGCAAACGCAGCGACUCCUCCACCUACGAGCUGGACACCAUCAAACAGCACCAGGCCUUCCUGACCAGUCUGCACUCCAGCGUUUUGAGGACCGAUCCGGGCUCUCGCCGGUCCAGCAGCAGUACCAUGCUAGAAGGAGGAGGUGCUUUGGGAAAGUUUGACUUCGAAGUAUCUGACUUCUUCCUCUUCGGCUCGCCGCUUGGCCUGGUCCUUGCUCUGAGGAAAACCGUCGUCCCUUCUUUGGACGUGGCUCAUCUUCGUCCGGCGUGCCAGCAGGUUUAUAACCUGUUUCACGCGGCGGAUCCCUCGGCCUCGCGGCUGGAGCCUCUGCUGGAGAAGCGCUUCCACCUGAUGCCUCCGUUAAGUGUGCCGCGGUACCAGCGCUUCCCGCUGGGUGACGGCCAGUCAGCGCUGCUGGUGGAAACCAUCCAGAGUAACCCUCACCUCCUGUUGGAGAGUAUGAGCUGUGCCGCCCAGCGCUGUCAGGAUGGCAUCAGCGAGACUUCCUUUCCCGUCCCUGUGCUCAACUGGCAAGCCACGCCGGCCCCCGCCGAGUCGGAUGUGAUGCAGUCGCACAGCAUUAUGUUUGCGGAUCACUCCAACCCUUCGUCUCCGGCAUCCAUUCCAGCCUUCCGCGGAGCGCGCAGAGGCAGCGAGACCAGCAUCGCCAGCCAGGUGUCGGGGUUAGCGGACAGUUACACCGCGUCCAGCAUCGCCAACAUAGCGCACGCAUGCCAUCAUAGACUCUCCAAAAAGCUCAGUCUUUUGUCCCAAUUGCCGCUUCCCUAUAAUAAAAGCGGCUCCCGGAGCCCUUCCCCCAAAUCCAGCAAAGCGCCAAAUAAGCAGCAGGUAGAAAGGCAGGAUUCCAGCUGUUUGGAUGAUUCAGUCUCUCUAGGCUUUGAGCCCUCGACCUCGCUCGCCUCAGACCCACCAUCUCCAUGUGUCCCGCUGGACAUCGAGCAAGUCGCUGCUCGCUGGUGGGGCACGAAGCGCAUUGAUUUCGCCCUGUACUGUCCUGAUGCUCUGACUGCGUUCCCCACCGUGGCUCUACCUCAUCUGUUUCAUGCCUCCUACUGGGAAUCAACGGACGUUGUGUCUUUCCUGCUCCGACAGGUAAUGAGGCAUGAGAACUCCAGUGUUUUAGAACUACAUGGGAAGGAGGUGUCAGAAUUCACUCCGUCCAAACCGCGGGAGAAGUGGAUGAGGAAGAGGACCCACGUGAAGAUCAGGAACGUUACGGCAAACCACCGCGUGAAUGAUGCUGUGUUUACGGAGGACGGGAAUCAGGUGGUGACGGGCCGCUUCAUGUACGGGCCGCUGGACAUGGUCACACUGACAGGAGAGAAGGUGGACAUCCACAUCAUGACCCAGCCUCCGUCCGGUGAGUGGGUGUAUUUCAGCACAGAACUGACCAAUAGCAGCGGCCGGGUUUCAUACACCAUUCCCGAGAGCAAGCGGCUGAGCAUCGGCGUGUAUCCCGUCAAAAUGGUGGUCAGGGGCGACCACACGUCUGCUGACAGUUACCUGACGGUGCUGCCGCGUGGCACAGAGUUUGUGGUGUUCAGCAUCGACGGCUCUUUUGCUGCCAGCGUGUCCAUCAUGGGCAGCGACCCUAAAGUGCGAGCAGGAGCGGUCGAUGUGGUCAGGCACUGGCAGGAUCUGGGUUACCUGAUAGUGUACGUGACGGGACGUCCAGACAUGCAGAAGCAGCGUGUGGUGGCCUGGCUUUCACAGCACAACUUUCCUCAUGGGAUCGUGUCCUUCUGUGAUGGGCUCGUACACGACCCACUCCGACACAAAGCCAACUUCCUCAAGUGUCUCAUCACAGAGGCACAAAUGAAGAUCUGCGCUGCUUAUGGCUCCACUAAGGACAUCUCUGUGUACACGUCACUGGGUCUGCUGCCAUCACAGAUCUACAUCGUAGGGAGACCAACGAAGAAGAUGCAACACCAGUGUCAGUUCAUUGCUGACGGCUACGCGUCUCACCUGUCCCAGCUGGAGUACAAUCAGAGAUCGAGACCCGCUAAGACCGGCAGCACUCGCAUGGUUCUGCGGAAAGGCAGUUUCGGGCUUGGAGGCAGUGGUGAUUUCCUGCGGAAGCGCAAUCACCUGUUGCGCACCAUUUCCUCGCAACCUACGUCCUCAACACCGCCCGUGCAUAUAUCACGAGCUGAACGUGCGCAGAGCCAAUCGGAAUGUGACCGUGACCGGGCGGAUCGUGCCCAGAGGAGCAUGAGCAUCGCUGCCGGCUGCUGGGGCCGAACCAGCAAACUAGAGGGCGGAGCCCUGAGCCCAAAAUAGGCUCCACCCACCUGGUCCAAAUUCUGGAGACACUUUGUUCUGGAGGAACAUGGGGCUGCAGAAUCAUACACAACGAAAUCUCACAGUAUUACAACAGACUCUGUGAGCAAACUUCAUGGGAUAACUAUUGUUGCAUGGGAAUUGUUUUCGUUCAUGUUUCAGUUUAUUUAGUCCGGCAGCCAAAUAUUUUCCAGAAAUCUAGCGCCUUAAGCAUGGCUCUGGGUCGUGGCCCUCUCCUCUGACUUGAUUGAAUGUACUGUUGGGACUGAAAAACGGAUCGUUGGGUGGGUAUGGACUUUUCCCACUUUUCCUAUAAUUGCCCUUCCAGUGUCCGCAGAGAUUCCCACACAUGUAAAUACGUGCCUCCUCUUACCUGCUCAGGGCAGCCAUGAACUCGAGGAGCUGAUAAGACCCAGAUGCCAUUUCACAUCCCUCUUCUCAUUGGUUUCUGUUGGGCCGGCCCAUCCCGGCAGCCUCUCCGAGUCGAAUCCCAGCAGCAUUUGGCAAUAAGGAUCGAAUCGCGUCGCACCAAACUCCGUCUGCAGGUCAUCAGAGGCCUUAACGUCUUAUUCAGAGCAUGAACGAAAUCUCAAAGCAACAGCUAUCCCUUUACAAGGCCAUCUGCUUGCAAUACCUCCGGGACUCCACCUCGACAUGGGCUGCUGGGUCACGUUUCUUUCUUUCUUGCUGUUUUGUUCAAUUCUGAGCCAUCAAACACGAUCGUAAGCACACGCCACAUCUGCUGAAGUAAAACUUUUCCGCUGUUGCUGUCGACGUGGAGAGAGUUUUUUUUCACCGUGCAGCUCGCUGUACAGUAUUUGCAUGACGACAAUGGACAAUUUUUCAGAGAUAUCACUCAGUCAUUUUCUCUCAAAAUCCAUUGCAUUCAUUUCCCGGGUUACGUACUCGUUUGAUCCCGCCGACGGGCAUAACGAUUCAUUACGAAAGCUGUAGUUCUGCAACUGCAUAACCUCAUUGUUUUUUUGCACUAGAGGAACAGUGGAGGUCCUUGUUACCAUCUCAUGUCGCUACAUAAUGUUCACAUGUAGUACAUGACCCUUAUUAUUUAUGGCAGGGUAUUUUGUGCACAUAUGCACGAUUAUAUAUAGGAAACAGCGAAAAGAAAUGCAAGGAAUGUGCCAAAUCCAGGCAGAUCGUAGGAACCCGAACACGUCUGACGUUUCCAGUGCAUUGUAGCAAUGUUCCCCAAGCGUUUCGAUGGCACAUGUAUAAUGUUUUUAAGAUUUUACAUAAUUUUAGGUCAACUUCAGUCCUUUCAAGUUCAGUUAUCUAUGAUAUUGUUCAUAUGUUCAUAUGUAAGUGAUUUAGGUAUAUAGAAAUUGUGCUUUUAAUUUUUGCGAUUUUAGAUUGGACAGCAUGACAGAGUUGUGAAACCGUGCGCGGUUUGUUUCUGUAUCAUGAACACACUGGAAUAGCCAUGCUGCAUGUGCGGACUUGUUCUUCGAAACGAACCAGGAGGCUUUGAACGCGGCCUUCGUCAGGAGUGGAUGGUCAGAAUGGAACUUCAAACAGUGUAGAUACUGUAUUUAUGUAAAUUUCACUAAAUAGGGUAUGUUACGGUCAGAAUUUAUUUAUUUCUGUAGCUCCAUAAGAUGAUGGAUAUUUCAGGUUUCCAUGUGUUGCUUUAUUCUUUUGUCCGACAGUUCUGAAAUGCUUCUUUUAACGGACCAAUGAUGUGUCUCCUUGUGCAUAAUCGUUGACAGUGUUUCUGUAGCAAAACUCUAGACGACGCCACCACCGCCACCGCACGGACAAUCACUUCAGCAAACAAAAAAGGCAAGGAGCACACACACCUACACAUGUACAAAAACGCUUAUUCUGCAGGCCUUCUGGAGACCUCAUACUCUGGAAACUGGUUUAUCGCAUUCAAAUUUCCACGUAAUGUGAAUCGGAAUCGUGAAUAUGGUCCUGUGAUAAAUUUGCUCCAAACAACUGAAUUUAAAUUGGUGCUUGUUUGGUACUAGACAUCAGGGUUCUCAGUUGAAUAUGUUGAAAGGUUUAUGAACUUGUACCACUGAUAUCUAGAUUAUCUUGGUUUAUAAUUUGAAUGUUAACCACUGAACAAAUUCUCAAUCUGGAAAUCGCUAAUUUCCGUUGCGUUAUUCCACAUACACUCUUGGCAUCUGAACUGACCUGUUUUCAAGCUACUUUCCACCAAUGUUGGACAAGUUGAUGCGCUCCCCUUAGUUUUAUUUCCAAAUUGUAAAUGCAUCGCAGGGAAUCAUACAAAAUUGUGAUUGACAUUCGUGCCACAGUUUUUACACGGCAAAUAUCCGUUUAAACAUCCGCGGCCUCGCUUGUGGGCCGGUGUACGAGUAUUAUUAUAUCCUCAGAUAAACCAGAUUAUAGCCACUUUUGUACUUUGCAUGCCACAGAAGAGCUUUCGUACACUUUCCUGUACUCUUCAAUAAUGGGCCACACUACCAACCUCCAGUUUAUAGUGAUUACGAAUAUGCUGUUGUCUAUAUAGAUCAUCAUAUCAAUUGUUACCAAAUGUUUAAAUGAUCUUAGCGUUUAUCCCAAAUCCAUUUAUUUUUUAUUUGAACUGACAUCCGAGUAUUUGAAUUUUAAAAAGCCAUUGAAUGCACAUAAAUACUGGUCAAAUGUUAUCAUCUAAAGUAUUUUUGACAUGAAAAGCUGUGUAGGUGUUCCACAACAAAAGCUCAUUGGGUUGAAUAAAUAUGGUGAAACAUCUCGAAACUAUCAUGUUUUAUGCCCAUCUUGUUUGUUGCCAAAACUUGCUGUGCAAAUAAUUUCAAAUGAAUCCCUUUCCCAGCAAAUUUUCGAUGUUGAAUGAGGACGUACGGCAGGUUCAUAUUACCCUCCUGUACAAUGCUCCCAAGAGCAUUGAAAACCUACGUCGAUCAUCUUGCUGACAAUGGUUCUAUGAUCAAUUUAGGCUUACAAUGCUUUUGGAAAUGCAGACCUGGACUAACUCACUCCUUAACCGUUUUCUUACCAGGUCGGUGGUUCAGUGCUCUCAUAUGUAUAACUGUAUGUACUGUGGAUUAAAUUCAGUUUGCCAACUGUUCA